AUGGAUGAGGUGGAUCCGUUUUCAAAUGUAUCAAUUCCAACUUAUAGAAUUCUAUCUAAUUCUACCAUAGAAAAUUUGACUUCCCCAUUUUACUCGGAAGCUUAUGAAAACAAGGAAAAUAUGCACGCUGAUCAUUCAAUUCCUCAAUUUAAAAGUUUAACGCCAAAAUUUGCAAACUUUGACUAA